AUGAGCGAAUCGAAUUCACAACCGAUCAAAUACUCCGUCCACAAAACCGUCACCACCAAGCACAUCUUCCCGCCGCCGCAGAAUACCGGCCUGUGCGCCGGCAAGAUCGUCAGGAUAUCCAUCACCGACGGCGACGCCACGGAGUCCUCCGGCGACGAAUGCGGCUACGCCAACUGCCGCCGCGUGCGGAAGCACGUGAACGAGAUCAGGGUGGAGGCCGAGAGGCCGCCGCCUACGGCGGCGGCAUCUCCCGCCACCAGGAGAGGCGGCCAGGAGAAGAGCGCCGCCGCCGCCGCGAAGAAGAAGCCGUCUCCUCCGGCGGCGGUGGCCGAGGGUGGAGAGAAAAAGUACCGCGGCGUGCGUCGGCGGCCGUGGGGGCGGUACUCGGCGGAGAUACGAGACCCGGCGCUCCGGGCGAGGGUCUGGCUGGGGACCUUCGCGACUGCGGAGGAGGCCGCCGUCGUCUACGACAGGGAGGCGAUCCGGAUACGAGGGCCGGACGCCACCACCAACAUCAUCCGGCCGCCGCCCAGGGCGGCGGCCAACUCCGGCGAGGAGGAAUCGUUGGAGAAUCUGUCAUCCCCGACCUCCGUCCUUAAAUCGCGGUACCUGAAAACAGCCAAAUCCGGGGAGGAGGAGGAGGAUCAGAAGGGCGGGGUGGUUGAAGAUCCGCCGCCACCGGAGCUUGUGAUGGACGACUGUCUGCCGUUGGAUCAGUGCUUCCUAAAGAACUACUUUGAUUUUCGGUCGCCGUCGCCGUUGAUCUACGACGACGAGGUGAGGGUGCCGGAGACGGUGUUGGAGGAUGUUAUUUUGGACGGUCUGGAUUUCGAGUUGGGUCACGAAUUCGGGUCGCUGACGUGGGAUGUCAAUGAAUUUCUUGAAGAUCAAAUUUUGGUUGGUCGAGAUUUUACCAAAUAA